CUCAAGAGAAACCGACUGCUGAGGUGUGGUAUUUGCACUAGUCUGUUAUCCGGAAUAUAGCCAUUAAAAUCUUUCGCCGUUUACAUAUAACCACAUAUCAACGGAAGCUUGUCUUGUAAACAAAAGAGCAUAGUGUUUGACUUGUUCGACAUGACUAGGGAUGUUGCACACUGAUGUCUGAUGAUGGCGUCGUCUCUUUUGACCUCUAGGAGGGGAGUGCAAACUUUACUUCCAUCUAGACCCUGCUUGGGCCUUUAUUUCAUCCUCAUUUGUAUUGAUGCAGUCUUUGCAAGUGAAGAGCUUGGUAGCUUUGACUACCCAGAGUCAAUGUCUACAAUGCCUGCUCCAGUGGCCCAAAAUGCUCUAACACGAGAUUCCUUCAAGCCACAGCAUGUGCACAUAUCUUUCGGUGAUUCGAUUCAAGAAAUCAACAUAGUCUGGGCGACUCAACAAGUCUGCAAGCCUAAGGUGCAGUAUGGUUCUCACCCCUGGGGCCUGGAGCUGACUGUUGUUGGCAAAAGCAUUCAGUUUGUCGAGUACAAUGAGCAGGGCCUUCAGAAUGUGCACCGAGUUAGGCUAAAGGAUUUGCUGGCUCUGACCACAUACUUCUACAGAGUUUUCUGCAAUGACCAUCAAGUAGGACCGUUCUACUUUCAGACGCCACAGGCAGGAAAUGAAUGGUCUCCUGAUUUUUUGCUGUUUGGUGACUUGGGCAUCCACUCCCAGUCUAUCCCGUCCCUCGUUGCUGCUGCUAUGUCAGGGAAUUAUACGGCUGUGUUUCAUGCUGGGGACAUAGCUUAUGACAUGAAGCACUGGGACGGCUUAGUUGGCGAUUACUUUAUGAAGCUUAUAGAACCUCUGGCAUCGACAAUUCCUUACUUGACGUGUCCUGGAAAUCAUGAAAUAGACUUUGACAGCUUUGUGCAUUAUCGCUAUCGAUUCUCCAUGCCCAACACUGACUGGCCCAUUCCUCAGGACAAAAUGUGGUACAGCAUCGAUAUCGGUCCUGUGCAUUUGAUAAGCUAUUCAUCGGAGGUAUUCUUCACCAACUACGGUAAUUUUGAAAAAGCUCAGAGGGACUGGCUGGUCAAGGACUUGAAGGCUGCCAACGCAAAUCGUUUGAUGACACCGUGGAUCGUAGCGAUUGGACAUCGGCCGAUGUAUUGCAGCACGCACAUUGGGGACGACUGCGCGAAAGUGGACUCUUUAGUCCGACAAGGGUUUGAGGAGAUUUUCCGGAAUUCUAAAGUGGAUCUUGUGAUCCAAGCCCACGAGCACAACUAUGAGCGCCUGUGGCCAAUGUACCAGGGGAAUGUCACGCAGCACUCGUACGCCAACCCCGAUGUGCCCGUUCAGAUCAUCACUGGGGCAGGUGGAAGCCGGGAGGGGGCCGAUGUUUUUGACGAGUCGGAGCGGCCUGACUGGUCAGCCUUCCGCUUGGACAACUCGUCGCUCAACAGCUACGGCCGUCUGCUGGUCGUGAACAGUACACAUGUGUUGUGGGAGCAGCGGUCAGCCCUCGACCACACCACUCUGGACAGCAUCUGGGUCAGAAAGGACCGCAACUUCUCUUCUCCGCAGAAUCAGAUGAAAGAGAUUGAUUCCCAGUCCGAUUUAGCGUCACGAGAUUCUGUUUUUGCCAGUCGUCUGUUGACAAUUGGGCUGUCUGUUGCAGGCCUUCUUGCCGUCGUUGUGUUUGUUCUUGUGGUUAGAGUUCUCGUAAAACGUCGACGGAAAAGAGCAAAUGCAAGAUUAUGGGAAAGAAAUACUGUCAACUUCCCACAUAUGAAAACGCUGGUAUUAAAUUAUGAUAGUGAUGAUGAAUUCCAGUAAGUGAAAAUAUAAUUUUUUAAAAAUAUUUAAGGUUCUUUAUUGUAUAAGAUUUGUAAUAUUUAUUCAAAGUAUACUUCUUAUCAUAUGGACUUGAUAGUCAUGUUAAGCCAAUAUACAAUUUGUUUAAUUGAAAAUAUCCUUUUGAGAAUUGUUCACUGUUAUGCAUUUCCAGCCUCAAACAUUUUUCUAUUUAAAGAUUGAGCAGUGGGUCAGUAUCGAGCAUGUUUUUAUUUGCUUGAGUGAAAUGUUUACUUUUUGUGUGAAUUGUACAGGAUUUUUCCUUGAUAGUUCACGAUUUUUCUGAGUCGCCAGCUAUUUUCAUCUGUAAUUGUACCUUCUUCUUUUUCAAAGAAGUUAAGAUUGUAAAUUGUGUGGAGUCGUUUAAAUACAUGUCACGACGUGGUGGAAUGAGACGCUCGUCAGUUUUUGAGCAUAUGGAGUUAUUGGUAUCAUCUUGAAGCUUGUUCAGUUGUCUUGUUUUUGGUGAAAGAUAUAUCCAUCCAUCUUGAAUAGUUGAGAUAUUGGCGAUGACGGAGGGGAGAGUCGCAUGGUGUCAGAGGUAAAAUUAGCAAGAAAACAUCCGCCAGACUUUGGUGACCUCCAAAGCUCGAGUGUCCUUGGAAACUGCAAAUUUACAUUUUUGUGCCUUUGAACAACGUUUUUAAGUAAAAUCCACGCAAAUAUGUGUAAUUAAGUGGACAUAAAAGGUGUUCAG